AAACUCUUUGUGUUCUCCAAAAUCCAGAGGGUAAAUAAUCCAUUCUCCAAGGCAACAAAACGCGUCCCCAAAGCACCUUUAAGACCGUUCUCAUGAGGAGAUGAGAAACCCCAUCUGCUCAUAUUCCCUCUCAGCACCAUAACCCCACAAGAUUUCAAGAAACCACAAAAGAGAGGGAAAGGAUGUUCCAAGAGAGACAUCGUCAUCAACAUCGUGGCCCACCCCAUGGAAUCCUACUAGCAGUGGUAGUCUGCGUAGUGGUGCUAGCUCCGUUCAUCUUUGGUGACCAAGGAGCAGCCAUAACCGAGGGUUUUGCUGAGCUUUUAAGCCCGAUGGGUCUCUUACUCUUGCCCAUUAUCCUUCUCUUGGCCAUCCAGUUCCUUUCCUCUGAUCGUGGCUCGUUUGUCUCCUCUGUCUUCUCUACUGGUGAGCCCGAUUCCUUCCACCGACUUAGUGGAUCACCUGUUGGUGUUGCCCUCUUUCUUGCUCUGGUCUUGUUCUUGCUUUACAAUCGUAUGUCCAUCUUUGGUGGUGGUGAUGAUUCUGGCGAUUAAAAAUGCUGCUUAUUGAUUCGAUGGAUCUGGUUGCUUUUCUUUCUGUUUUCAACUGUUGUGGUUUUUUGUGUAUACAGUAGACUUUCUUGUAUGAAUACAAGCUGGGUUCGUAGAUUCUCUUGUAUGAACAUGGGGUGGGUGGUGAUUCGUCUUUAGAUUCAUGGGUAUUAUGGUCAUUAGAAACAGAUGAAAAUUGGUCCUUCAAAUUUCAUUGUAACGAAAUGACAGAAAUACCCUCUUGAACUUA